AUGCACCUAAGCAUUAGCAAAUUUUUACAGCCAAAUUUUCCUCAGAAAAGUGUUUUAAGUUUAUCAAAUGCUAUUGUUGGUGUGUCGGUUCUCUCGAUGCCAUAUUGUUACCAUCAAUGCGGAAUUAUUUUAGCAACACUACUUAUGAUUAUCUCCGCAAUAAUCACGUCAUAUUCAUGUAAAAUUCUUAUUUCAAGUGCUCAUGCAAGUAAUUCAGCAACCUAUGAAUAUUUAGCAUUACGUGCUACGGGACGCACCAUGAAAUUAGUUGUGGAAUUGAGUUCCAUCGGCCUUUUAUUAGGUUCUAUUGUUGCUUAUCAAAUGAUUGUUGGUGAUCUUGGUUCAGUAGUUGUUGCACAAACACUUGAUGUGACGAACUCACAGUUGAUACGAGGUUUAGUCAUUCUCAUAUUGACAUUUACGGUUUCUUUCCCAUUGAGUUUAUCUGAACGAUUUGAUCAUUUAACGCCGAUAUCAAUUCAAUCGAUUAUAUUCUAUUUAUUCUUUGGCGUAUAUAGCUUUGUUCAAUGUGGAUUGAACUCAACUAGCAUACUAUUAAAUCUGAACAAAAUUGUUUACUGGAGAUGGAGUGGAAUAUUUGUUAGUUUACCAAUUAUAUCACUUUCAUUUUCAUGUCAAACAAUGUUAUUUGUUGUUUUUUCUGAAUUAUCUGAUGCAACUUCACAUGCGAUGAAUGAUGUCAUUGAUUUAUCAGUGACCAUUGUUGGACUGAUGUAUUUUAUUGCUGGUAUCUUUGGAUAUUUGGCGUUUUUUCCAACGUAUGCAUUCAUACCAGGAAAUGUCAUGCAAAUAUUCCCGAAAAAUUUAUUUCAACAAAUAUUUUUAUGGGGUUUUAUACUUAAUUGUACAACGGGUAUUCCAUUUAUGGUUAAUCCGACACGUAUAAGCUUGUAUACAUUAUGGAACAAUCAACAACAACAAUCUCUUUUUGGCGAACGUCAUAUUAUUCCUAGACGAUUAAUCAUUGUAUUUACAGCUAUUGUCGUGUUUUUACCGACACUUAUUGCAAUAUUUAUUCCUAACCUUGAAUUCGUCUUAGCGUUAACUGGCGCAACCAGUGGGCAAUUAAUUUGUUAUAUACUACCUGCAAUCAUUGCUCUUCAUGUGAUGCCUCAUGGAUUGAGCACUCUCAAAACAAAAGUAUUAAUGAUAAUUGGCAUCAUUUCGUUAGUUAUUUGUACAAUAAUGACAUUUAAAACUGAAUUUGUAGAUAAUAAUGUUUUAUCAUCGUCGUCAUCAUCAUCAUCAUUCUCGUCAUCAUCAACAGCUACUACGACGAGUAUCAAUAAGUUUUUAACAAUAAUGAAUUCAUCGGCGACGAAUUUUUCUGGCAAGAACUAA